UUCCUCUAUCAUCAUGUCAUUGCUUUAAAUAUUGUUCUGUUUUAAUGUGUUUUGAACUGCUCUCCCACAAAGGUCGCAGGAAGUUUAUUGUUAUUAUGCUGCUAUACUGUAAUUCCACAAUUUCUGCAAAUGGUUCAUAGAACAUUUGUGCUAAAUUUGCUGACCCUACCACCUUUGUUAUGCCACAGUACAAUUGUGUACUACAAUCUGUAGUACAAUUUGUAUUUGAUAAUCGGGUGCAAACCUUCCAUUAGGAAAAUUAUGAAAAGCAGAACUUGGACAUUGAGGUCUUGCAGAAAUUUCGCAAACACUUUUCAAUAAACAGAAAGUUAUCAGGCACACAGGCAGUUUUUAAGCAGUCAUUGUGGUUUGCUGGGAUGACGUGUGCAGCGUAGCCAGAACUUUGGGGAUGCUUCUUUUUAAAAGUUGCAUAAAAACUACUGCCCUUUAUGUAUGGGCAAAAUAAUUAGCACCAGUCUUUGAAUAAGAAAGUACCCCUUUUCUUGGUUCUGUAGUAUGAAGCAACGACUUUGGGGUUUGGAUGUUCACGUGUUUGAGGGUUUGAUUCUUACCUCUAGCUCUAGAUGUGAGGCUCUAUCUAUGCUAUGCCGUACCCGCUUCUCUGGCAGGAUCCCUUCAUCUGGAACAAGCAGAGUUGCAUACUACUCAAAGCGUUUGGACUCGGUGGCUCGAGCAUUACCCCUUUGUCUUCGAGCGGUAGCUGCGGCCGCAGAGGCAGUGAUGGCAAGCGCAGAUCUAGUCCAGUUACAUCCACUGAAACUUCGAGUUCCCCAUGCAGUGCACGCAAUCCUGACACAGGUCAGGACAUCUCAUUUGACGCCUGCGCGAUCGGUGCAUUAUCAGAAUGUUUUGUUAACACUGGCAAAUGUGACUGUGGAAAGAUGCUCUGCUUUGAAUCCGGCGACCCUCCUUCCCACGGAGGUGGACGGAGAACCGCAUGAUUGUUUGCAGGUCAUCGACUGUGUGUGCAGGCCUAGGCCGGAUCUGACCGACAUCCCACUGGAAGGAGGUGACGUUCUGUUUGUCGAUGGGAGUUCUUUGAGGCUGGAGGACGGAUCUCCAGCGACCUCCUAUGCCGUGGUGAUGCAAGACGGAUUACUUGUGGACGGAGGGCCUCUGCCCAGACAUUGGUCCGCACAAGCGGCUGAGCUGUUUGCACUGCGACAGGCCUGCAAAUUGGCUGAGGGACAAAAAGUCACUAUCUACACAGACUCAAGAUACGCCUUCGGGAUGUGUCAUGAUCAUGGUGCAUUGUGGAAGCAGAGAGGUUUUCGCACCAGCACUGGAAAACCCAUUCAGCAUCAUGAGUUAGUGGAACAAUUACUGGACGCUCUCAUGCCACCUGAACAGGUGGCAAUAGUGAAGUGCCAGGCCCACACUAAGCGGACUGAUGAAAUCAGUCAGGGAAAUGACCUCGCAGACCAGUGGGCUAAAAGUUUAGUCAAGAACUCCACUGGGUUUGGGAAUAAGGUUUUACUGGCAAAGAAUGUUGAUAAACCAGGUGCUGAAAAUGACCUUGUUUUGAUUCAAACAGGUGCAACGGAGGCUGAGCUCCGCGGAUGGAAACGGAGCGGGGCAUGGAGUGAUAGAGAAGGCGUGUGGCGACAUUCUGGGACUAACCAACCUUAUCACCCUAGAUCUGCGUAUCCAGGGAUGGCCAAAGCCGUUCAUGGCCUGGAUCAUGUGUCCCGUGAUGGGAUGGUGGCAGCUGUGACUCGGGUGUGGCAUGCCCCUGGGUUUGCCACAGCUGCUGCCCAAUUCUGCGGGAAGUGUAUGGUGUGCAUGAAAUUCAAUGUGGGAAAGGGCAUCCCAACCGGCCCUGCAGUGACCCCGAGUCCCCAAAGCCCAUUCGAUCACCUGCAGAUGGAUUUCAUUGAGCUAACUCCUUGCAAGGGAUAUAAGUAUUGCUUGGUGAUUGUAGAUUUGUUUUCCAGAUGGGUGGAGGCAUUUCCUUGCCGUCGCCCUGAUGCUCUGAGUGUGGCUAAAUGUCUGUUAAAGGAGGUGAUUCCACGAUGGGGCAUUCCAUCUAAAAUCACCACAGACAACGGUCCUGCGUUCAUCGCAGAGAUCCUGGCUAAAUUGUCCCAUUGGAUGCAAAUUGAUUUGAAGCAUUAUUGUGCCUAUCACCCCUCGAGUGGGGGGAUAGUGGAGAGAGCAAAUCAGACACUUAAACUGAAAUUGGCGAAAAUUUCAGAGACGACGGGCCUGCCCUGGGUGGAUGCCCUGCCCCUGGCUUUGUUAUUCAUGCGAGCCAGGACACACCGCCAAACAGGGUUGGCUCCUUUCGAAGUGUUGACGGGAAGGCCGAUGCGUGUUUUGUCUCCCUCGCGAUAUGUCACACUGGAGACCGUGGAUGGGGAUUUGCUGACUUAUCUUACAGGUUUGCGGCAGGCGAUAGGUGCAGCCUGGGACCAGGUUCGUGCCAAUUGGAGGAAUCCAGAGGGAGAGCUGCCACGAGCUGUGACACCUCUCGAGCCAGGGAGCUGGGUGUUGGUUCGCGACCUGAGGAGGAAAAGAUGGAACACGCCGAGAUGGAGGGGACCCCACCAGGUCUUGAUGGUGACCCCUCACGCAGUGAAAGUGGAGGGAAUCGACGCCUGGAUCCAUCAAGUCCACUGCAGACGCGUGUCCGACCCUGGUGGUUCUUUCGAGACUGGCCCCAGAAAGGGCCACAACUGUGUUGCCUUGCCCUGAUAGCCAUUUUUAUUGUCACAGUUACAUUUGGGAUUGAUGCCAUAUUGUGGUGGAGAACUGCUUAUUCCGGUUGUGUCACCCGCUGUACUCCAACAGAGCCCAACCCACGACAAGUUUUGAACCGAGGGAAAAGGGAGGUGAUGAAUACCAAUGCCGAUGCUGUGACUGCUGCGCUGAAUGUUUCAGACUGCUGGGUUUGCCAUUAUAUGCCCCACACUUCUGCGGCAUGGCCCUUCUACGGGAUUCCGUACACCUAUCAUGACAUGGCGGUCUUGAACGACACCUGCUCCGGCCCUGUGUCUGUUGUGGCUGGGCUGCUGACUCGCGAGCUACGGUCAUCGUCCUCAACUCCACCACCACCUGCAUGUCGCGUUUCUGGUAUUGUUAAGUCGCGGGCAGUGGAGGCGGCCUUUGUGGCCACGCAUGACCGGUUACAACAGGAGUAUGCUGAGAACGAUCCAAUCCUCUAUCUGACUCAGGCAGACCAGUCUAAUCACUGGGGCUUCACUACAGUCCAUUUGCUGUGUCCUGUCCAUCGGACUCGACCGUGAUGGUGAAGGGAGUGACCCCGCCUGAGGAUGGCUUGGCUGUCAUCCCGGUAAAUGGGACUGUGUGUUUCCAUCUGUCUAAUUCAGCCCAGUCUCGAACCCCUUCCUCCCCACCUGUUCACUGUAAGGCUUAUGUUAACUUCUCUGUCCUUGGUGAUGUCCUGCUAGUGGCACCACCACGUUCGGCGUUUAUCUGUGGUCACAAAGACUCUCUUAAGGGUUACACUGUUUUGUUUCUUUCGAAACCGAAGGCUGAUUGGUAUUGUUAUCUAGCUUAUCUUGUUCCUCCUAUUCAUGUAGUGCCCAAGGCGCAGAUGUCGUUAGCCGUGCGUGCAUAUACACGCAGCAGACAGUCUCUUAGUCAGACUGAGCAAUGGUUUGAGGUGUUUAUUCCAUCCCUUGGGUUGGCAGACCUUCAGACAGAGGUGGCUGCCCUGCAGACUGCAGUUGAAAAGGUGGCCAAUCAAACGCUUGACACCGUGAAGGCCGUCUCGGGUGAUUUGUCAGCGGUUAGGCAGGUAGCUCUGCAAAACCGCAUGGCACUGGAUCUCCUGUUGGCUGAGAAAGGUGGAGUUUGUGCUAUUGUGGGAAGAGAAUGUUGCAAGUACAUCCCUGAUUCAUCUCAGGCUGUGCAGGAUCUAGAGGACGUGGUGCACAAGCAGAUGUCUGAGGUACACAAAGAGCACGUCCUGUUUGAGUACAGCUGGGACUACUGGUUCUCCUCACUGAUUCCGGGUUUAUCUGGGGUGUUCAGACCCUUAGUUUUUAGUGUAGUGUUACUGCUAGUAGUGUUGCUGCUAAUCUUUUUGCUGUUUAGGUGUUGUUCUAGUAUUCUGUCUUCCCAGGCAAAUUCUGUUAUGCUCCUAUGGGCUCCCCCUCUUCCCUACGCGGAUGAUCCUCUUCUUCCCGCCUGGCUCUACGACUCUCAGCCCCGGGUUGUCGUCCAUGCGACCGGCAACGCCGACACCGUUGGUGACUCCUGUUCCAUCCAGCCGCCACCGGCCCGAUUCGACCCGCUGCGCAAUGGUCCGGCGUUUUACUACACUGCGGACUCUGAUUGUUUGUGAACUAUGCGGAUCUCGCAUGUUCAAAAGGGGGGAAUGUGGAAUUAAAAUUGGACAUCGGUAGGCCCGGGAGGUUGGCAUAUUGGGUCUGUGUGUGUCUUUAGGCCUUAGGCAAGAAGAGAUUGUUUUGAAUACUGCGUGACCUCGCUUCGAGAUAGCUGCCUGCAGUAAGUUCCGCAGACCCUGAGGAAAGCUCGGGCCUUGGAGAGGCAUACAGCGGAACAAAGGGGGGGGAGAAACCACUUGCAGGGAGAGAUUCGAAGCUGCCCCAACUGGUGCACAGCCAGUUAUAGCUUUAUAGAAUAGUUGUGGCAAACAAUAUAUAGCAAGCUAUGCGGUAGUGCAAAUGUAUAAGUAAUUGUUAAUCAUACUAAUCAUAUGUUAACCAUGUAUUGGCAGUGAUUCAAUGACAAUACGUCAAUAUGUUAAUCAUUAAUCAAAGGACAAAUGCCAGAGUGUGAUGAGAGCGCUUUGCUGAGUUGCUGAAAUAAGAGAUUUCCUUUACCUCAUCAAACUGAGAGGUCCGACUUUUAUUCUAAGUGUUAUAUUCAAAAUUUUUCUACCACAAUUGCAUAUUAUCAAUGUUUGGGUUUCCAAUGGACACCACGGUUUCUUCCUACAGACCCUAAAUAAACAAGCAAACAAAUCAAUAAA